CUCCUUCGUCUUGCGGAGAGGGCGGGGCUAGGAGGAGGGCUGCGUGGUGAUUGGAUUGGUUGCUGCUCGGGGGCGGGCCGUCAUCGCCCCGGCCCUGAUUGGUUGGCGGAUCCGCGGGACGCCAGGCCCUAGCGCGUGGAGUCAUGGGUCAGCCUGCCAAGGUUUUACAGCUCUUUAAAACACUGCACAGGACCAGACAACAAGUUUUUAAAAAUGAUACCAGAGCCUUAGAAGCCAGAGUAAAGAUCAACGAAGAGUUCAAAAACAAUAAAAGUGAGACUUCUCCUAAGAAAAUCAAAGAGCUGAUAAAAAUGGGUUUCGAUGUUGAACUGUUGCUCAGAACGUCUGUCAUACAAGGUAUUCACACUGACCACAACACACUGAAACUGGUCCCCAGGAAAGACCUUCUUACAGAAAAUGUGCUGUACUGCGACGCACCACCUCAGAAGCCGUGAGCUUUCUAGGAUGAAACCGUCUUAGCACUUUUAACUUUAAGUACAUAACUCUGGCAAAAGGCCUAGAUAUGCAGAUAUUUUUUUCUGAACUGACAUUGAAAAUGAAUGAAUGAAAGAAUAGCUUCAUAAUUGAGUUUCCCAAGGAAAGGACAUACUGUGAACUGCAGAACACAAUGCAGUGUUCUGAGGACGUAGCCGUGACUGUUCAUUCUCACUAAAAACCAAACCUACAGUGACAGGAGCGAGAAGGAAGGAUGCUAUGGCCGCUUCUGUCCUUUUGAGAAGUGUUUUGGCCUUACCAAAGCUGUUUGACAGCAAAGUGCUUUAACACUCAUCUAUGAGAAACACAAUAAGUAUAAAUUUCAAGGUUAAGUUGAUGUUUAAUCCUCCAAAUAUUAAAUGGCAAAAACCAAACAUUUUCUGCCAGCUUUUUACAAAAGGCUAUUGUUUCCCAAAACCCUGUAGUUAUUUCAGUAGCUAACAAAUAAUUAUAUGGGUUUUUUUCUGGCAAUAGUUGUUUCUCUGUGUUCUUUUAAAAGACAUUUUAAACCAGUCUCCUGAAGAUAAACUAUCAGAAUCAUUUUGGAGUCACUAUGGAAAAGGGACAUCCUGACUUUUUGGGAAAUAGUGCCCCCCCCUCCAGUUAGACUUCAUUGUGAAAUGUAAUUGAAGGCAGCAUUCUCGUUUUAACCUAUAAAACCUAAAUGACCCUUCUCCACACCACCCGAUGAGGCUGAUAGGAACACAGAGGGCUGGGAGUCCACCAUCUAGUGCUAGGAGCUAGAAGAUGGUGUUUACUGUCCACCUCUCUCUGCUCUGCUUGUCUUGACAAUUCUGUAUUCAGGAUGAAUAGUGUGUUCUUUCCCAUUCACAGGUGAACUUCCUCCCACUCCACGAUGAUCAGGAUUUUUAAUGUUUACAAGACUCUCAAUGCAAGCUCUGUUUGUCAGUAGGACACACUGGUGUAUCUGUACUGAAUGAAAAGUGCCAUCCUAGAGAAUUUGGCGUGUUCAAAAAUU